GCGCAGGCGCAGCGCGCCGAGCCGUGACGGGGCGGUGGCUGCUCAAGAUGGCUGAGGUGGAAGAAACACUGAAACGAAUUCAGAGCCAAAAGGGAGUGCAGGGAAUCAUUGUUGUGAACUCGGAAGGUAUUCCUAUUAAAAGUACUAUGGACAACUCCACAACAAUUCAGUAUGCAGGUCUCAUGCACAGCUUCAUCAUGAAGGCGAGGAGCACUGUGCGAGACAUCGAUCCCCAGAAUGACCUCACCUUCCUAAGGAUUCGCUCCAAGAAAAAUGAGAUCAUGGUAGCACCAGAUAAAGACUACUUCCUGAUUGUCAUCCAGAAUCCAACUGAAUGAUUCCACUGACCUGGUCUGUUUUUUCCCUUUGCCCAACUGUUGUUUGUUAUUUCUUUAUUUUUUUUUUAUUUAAUGGUAAAGAGUAAAGCAUUUGUGUGCACUCUGCUGUGCCACUCCAGUAAUGUCUGGGAAAACAAAAGUGGGUGGUUUUGUUGUUUACAAACAGAAAACGUGGCUUUUGGUUUUUUUUUGUAUUGCAAAUCACUUUGAGGAGUUGGUGAAUUAGAAUCAAGCAGUAAAAAAUGCAACAGAUUCUUUUAAUAGUUAGCAAGAUAAUGUAAUAAAAUUCUAAUAAUGUUCUAAAAAGGAUGAUUCUCUGUAUAUUCCUGUACUUCUGUAACCACUAUUUGAGAUAGGCUUUGACACUAUGACUUCCAAAUGACUGUAAAUAUGAAACUUGCCUGUCCUCUAGUUCUGUCUUACUCUGUUGACAAGUUAGUUUGACACAAAGUAUGACCAUAUCAGAUUAAAAAGUGUCAUCAGUGACUUCUGUGUUUUCCUUCUGAAGAUUUUCAUUAUGCUCAGGAUUGAUCGAGGGUUUCUUCAGAAUGUAGAACCUUCCUUGGACUAUUUUUACUCAUCUGUUGCUUUCUUCAAAUAACUAUUAGUUGUAUAUGCAUUGCACUCACAAUCGUGUUGUAUGUUGGAGCAUUUUCCUACCACUUUGUUUCAGGCAGAAGUCUUGUGGCUAAGGCCAUCAAGACUGUUGGUGCUCUCCUGCUGUCACAGUUCAGUAGACAAUUUGGUAUGUUCCUUCAGUGUUUUUUUAUUGAUGGCCAUUAAGGAAAAAAAUGGUCAUCUGAUUCAUGUACAAUACUAAAGGGGUUAUUUUUGUUGCCUCAAAAGAGCUUUGUAAUGGCACGCAAAGUUCAAGAAUUUGUGCAGAAUGUCUGCAUUCAAGAUGUUUGUCACUUGUGUGUCAGAUACAGCUCUGGCUUGUACUGAAGAGUCAUAGUGAUGUGCAGAACACUGUAGCCCAGAUUCAGAAAUUAUGCCUGUUGCCUUGCUCUGCAUUUUCCUUGUGCAGCCAACUGCUACAGCAGGAGCAAUGCUUGGGGAACUGGAUUCUUCCCCAGUCUCAUGUAUCCCACAGAGAAAGGGUGCCUGCAGGUAGUGCAGCUGCUUCCUCACAGAUCUGGUCCCAAACUUCUUGUUGUAAAAGUGUUUUACUAGCAUGAAAAAGAAUUUCUCUGCAAGUGCAUGUGAGCAGAGAGGCACAGCCUGCAGGCAUGACACGUACUGUUCAGUUAAAGAACCUUGACUGAGUAACUGCAGUUUUCUGUUCUUGUGCUGAUGAGGGAUCACUCCUGAGUCAUGUACCUGUCAGCAGAAGUGACUAGCUCAUGUUUAGCCCUGUUCUUUCAAAAUUACAAGCAGUAGUAGGAACGUGUGAUACGGUCCAGUAUUACACUGAGGAAUAGACUAAGAAUUUAUGGGUGAUCUCAGCAGGCUGGGGAUAGUCGGCUGGGGACAGUCCAGCUGACAGGCUGCAGUGCAGUUUUGGAAUCUUUAGUACAAAUGUCACUUGGACACUUUUUUGGAUUUCAGAGCACAAGGUGAUAAGGUGGGUAUGUGGUGACUCAAACCUUUAUGUUCAGCAUUUUUAUGUGCAUUUUCAGACUUAGGUAUUAAUUAAUAGACCAUGUCUAAUUUUUUUUUAGGUAGGUAUGACCAGGAAGCAGAGAAAUGCUUUCUGAGAUCUGUAAGGUGCCCAGUCCUGCAGCAUCAGGGUAGGGUGCUUUAUAGUAGUUCAGGUAGCUGAGCUGUCAUCCUGCAAAGAAGUGACUGACAUAAACAUCCCCCUCCUGGACACAGGAAUACUCACACAGCAUGUGUUCAGUGUCCCUGUUAUUACUAAGUUUUGGUUUAAGCCAUGCCAUCAAACCAGUAAAUAGGGUCUGAAAUCAUGCUCUGUGUUUGGAGUAGUCCCUGAUACACAGCAGCUUAUACAGCGCUCGUGAGCUAUAAUGACGUAGUUGAAUACUGUCUUCAAGUAAAUGCCCUCUAGCAAGUUCAAGCCUCUGGAUAACAAUGGAACAGUGAGGAAAGGCAGAAGAAGAACGUGACUUCAGUUGUCUAUCUUUGUUGUUCAUAGCCAGAGAAAUGCUUCCUUGGAGGUAGUGACCUGCUUUCCCUGGUAGGUGGCAGUGUUACCCUUUUGAACAGCGAAGAAUUUCUUUAGUACCAUGAAUUCCUUUGGACAAUUCCUUAAGGAUAGCUGCCCUACAAGUGGGUUGGUGUCAUAUCUGACUCUGGGACAGAGUGUUGAAGUGUUAUUUUUUUUUUAAACAAACAAGCUGUAGAACCACAGUCGUGCCCUUUUUCUGCAUUGUGUUGAGACUAUAAACUUGGAAUAAUAUUAUGGAUGUCUUGCUCUGUGAUGAUUGAUUGGGGCUUGGGAGCUGGUUUGGGGGCGUUUAUGUUUUAUUUUUCAAGGACUGUUAGCAGUCUGACUUGAAAUAGGAAUUUGAAUAAUGGGGUCUUGAAGAAAGUGGUUUUGGAGUCUGUCAAAUCCAUCUGAUCAGAGCAAGGCCUUGCUUAAGCCAUGCUAGUGCUACUUCCAUACCAGCAUUCAAAGUUAAUUCAGUAUUUUUCUUCUGAAAAAGGGGAAGGGUAGAUGAGGCUGAAGAACAACAGUUUACAUGUAAGUAAUUACCAUGGAGACAAAGUGGCUUAUUUGGAUCUGGAGCAUCAGAGAGUCUCAGAGAUCUGACUGGAAGCAAUUCCUCUGUAUGCAAGUUCGGAUUUCACUGUAUGCAAGAAGGAUUUCACUUUUCCUGAGGUACCAUAAAGAGGGUCAAGAAAGAGGUGGGAUGAAGUUUGACUUCUUGUCCUGUUUGCUGAGGCUGGGCUAGUUACCUGUAUGGUAAUAUUAUUGUCUAAUUGAGAAAGAGCAGGAAAAUAAGCAUUAUAGUUCUUUUUUUCUAGACAGAAAUCAUGACGAAGUGGUUCAAAGGAGGACACGAAUAACCUUUGUGAUCCGCCCCUUAGUGCUGCUUUGAGUUGUGGUUGGAGGCUGGCCUAAUUGGAGAAGCCUGUUGUGGUGGAUUCCUCUCUGAAGGCAGAGGAGGCAUCUGCUGCUGAGAUGUGGAAACCAAUCCCUAAUGCAUUAAUGAGCUCAUGGUUGAGGGAUGGCUCUGAGCUGUGAACAGCAGCACUUGAGGCCCAAGGACAUGCUCUCUUGUGCUGAUUCUGCUCCGAGGUAAGGCUCUGGCAGAGGAAUGAAGGUGAUAACAUAUUCACACUGUCAGAGCUAGGCCUGUAGAGGCUCAUCUGUGGAUCUGAGAGCAGCUCUUUUAAGCUGCUUCAGCUUGUGUUUGCUGCAGCACCCUCCUAAGCAGCCCUGUCUGCCUGAGGUGGCUGAGCUCUGUGCAGCACUCCACCAACAGAGCAUUUAUGUUUGAUCUUGUCUAAACACUGUUAUGUAUAGCUACACCUUUAGGGGAUGAAAGUCUGGCAUAGAUAGUUACACAAUAUAGGCUUGCCUUAUGUUGGAAGAGCUAGAGCAGCUCUUUGAACCAGAAUGAUGUGUAGGAAGAGCUGUGACAGCUGGGGUGUGCAGGGGCAGCAAGCCUGAGCAUCAAUACCAUUUCUGUUGACAAAAAUACACUUCCUUUACCAGCACUGCAGGAUUCCUUCAUGGAGAUUUCCCUCCACUUAGCAAGGUUUCACAAGCACCUAGAGGUACUAAUUAUCAGUGGUGUUUACCAUGUAGGAAUGCUGUCAUGUGUAAACCUGGUUGUUGAUCACAGGUCAUGUUAGGACAGCUUGCUGCUGCUGGGUUGAUAUGGCUGGUUUCUGCUAUCUUCUCAAAACCUUUGACUGAUUCAGGGUUUUUUUGAUACAAAGUGCACCUCCUUAAAUAAGUUUUGCCAACAACAUCAGUAUGAACAGGCACAAGAGGUAUUAGUGUGUGCAAGAAUUUUCAGGAAGGCUGAGGGCUGAAGGAGGGAGUGUAUAAAUCAUACUCUGCUGUAUUAGAAGUAGAACUUCCUUGAUCCAUGUCCCAUUUCUGUAAGUACAUUAACAUUCUGGAAGCUCCAGAGCUUCCAUGAACCAGAGUCUUUUCUCCAGCUCCAGGUGUAUGAAUAAUCUGUGGAAUCAUAAUCCCAGUCCUGCACUGUCAGUCUGCAUGGAUAAAAUCAGGGAUCAAAUAACUAAAUUUUAAGUUCCCAUGCCUCUCAUCAGAAAGGGGUUCAUUCACACUUUAUAACAAUAGUAAUAAAACUGCCUUGCCUGAGGAUGCUGUCUGUAAAGUUGACCACCUUGCCAUGCCUCAUUCAACGUUACUGCUUUCCCUUAUGUGUUUUCUGAUUAAAAGGACCUGUAUUGGAAACAUCUCUACUUGUAUCUUAAUUAUAAAAGUGACUCUGAAGAGUCUUCCAUACA